GCCCAAUGAAGCGUCGUCGGCAGCGGCAGAGCUGGCUGUCUUCCCGUCCCUUGCCUGCCAUACCCCUUGGGCCAGGUGAAACCCAGAAGCAGAGAGCCUGGAACUGGCAGUUGGCGCCUGAACUGUGGGCAAGAUCUCUUCGACAGCAGUUGAAUGUCCAGCUCCUCUCGGCCCUGGAAGAGAGGAGGGCAGGUUUGUCUCUUGAUGCAGUAUCAUCAGAAAACCUCGAGUCGUGGCACUCUGUACGUAGCCUGGAUAGCACAGGGCCUGGACCUUGGACCUGCCAGACGAGACAGAGGAAAUUCCUGACCGCAGAGACUGACUCAGAGCAGCCCACGGUGCUGAAGCUUCUGAUUGCUGAGCUCCAAGCCUUGUUCUCCGCUGUGCUGCAGGACCACAGCCCUGCAGCGUGGCGGUACCUGCAUGCAGUGCUGGGUCUCCUGCCUCCAUACCGUGAGUUGCUAGUUGGUCACCUUGAUCUGCUGCCCUUCUUGGAGCAGCUGUACUGCUGGGCUCCCUGGGUCAAAGCCCAACUCCACCUGGACCUGCUCGGUGCCAUGGCCCAGGCCUUUCCCCCAGACAGCUCUUUGUUCCACGGUGCCUCCCACGUUGACUGCCAUGCCCAGAAGAAGCAACUCCACCGAGGGCCCCCAUACCCAGCCUGCCCUUUUGUGCAGGCCCAGCGGGGUGGGCAGCAAGUAACACAGGAACUGGCCACAUGGAUGCGACCAUUGACAUUGGCUGAGCUACAGCACUGCCUGGGCAUUGUUGGUGCUGAGGUGGCCCUAGAAGAGACCCAGUGGUUGGGUGGCCUCAGUCUCCUGCCCUUGGCACUGGCUACAGACAUCCCUGUGCAGUAUGAAGAGGAAUCUGUUGGAAGCACAGAAACUGAGUCUCAGUUUGGCUAUGAAGUUCCUGGGGAGAAGUCCUUCCAAGAGAGAAGUAGCAGCGCCUCAUCUGAGACUUUCUUCACGGGUAGCGAGGUGUUGACCCUUAUGGAUAGAGAGAAGAACCUGAAGAAGAUCCACUUCCUCUAUCUCAAUGUGGCUCCCAGUCGGUACUUCAGGCCCUACAGCCUGGUCGUGGUGCCACCCAAAAGGGUGAAUGCUGAGCACUACAUCUUCUCUCCCUUUGGGAUCCUGCAUGUUCACCCCGAGGAGGGCAGUGAGGCCAUGACGCUGGGCGCCUGGCACCACCAGUCUGUUCUCUGGCAGCAGCUACAGCUCAUCCCAUUCUUUAAGCACUGCCUUGUACGCAAGGCCUGGACCAGCUGGAGAAAGACCACGAGGCAGCAGGGGCUGUGUCGGCUCCGGACCCGCCUAGGGGAUCAUCUGCUCUCGGCUGUGCCCCACUUUGGAGCUGGGCUUCUCCACAUUAACAGGCUUCUUCAGGAGCUGCACUCUGUGUCCUGGCUGCCCCAGGAGGCGGAUCGGUGCUAUAAGCUACUAGAUCUGAAGAAGGCUCUAUUGAAGGAGAACAGGAAGGCUCUGCAGUUAUUCCAUCGCUGCUUGUACCUCUGCACAUCUGUUCUGCAACUGGUUCACGAGGACACAUACCACAUGCAGCAGGGCCUGCAGGAGCGAGUGCAGAACUGCAACAGGAUCCGGGCAGGCCAGGGCUCCAUCUCCCUGCUGAAGGAGCAGCGGUGGCAGCUGGAGCAGAAGCUGAAGCAGGCAGAGACCUGGUUGCGGCAGUUGGGGAAGUUUGCCCGCCUGGUCAACUACAUGAUUUGUCAGAACGUGGUUACGAUCCUGGAAGACCAAAUAACCUCUUUUGUGGCCAACAUCCUGCAAGCUCAGAGGCAAACACCCUUUCUUUCAUCACAUCUGGUCUGUGGUGACCGUUGCCAGCUCUCUCCUGUGCCCAGUAUUGAAAAUAUGAGCCAGGUUCUGUCCGAAGGCCUACGUUCCAUUAAGGCUUCUGCUCUGAAGCUGAUACAGUCUGUUGACCUGAAGAUCUCGAGGGAUUCCCUGCGUCUGGAAGGUGCUCCACUAGCUGAAGAUGAAGAGGAGAGCUCAGACACAGAGUUCCUGAUGCCCAAGUUUCAGCACCAGCCCAGCCAUGCUGUUCGCAUCUUCUGUGGCCCAAGUGUAGGACUGGUGUGGCCCUGGAAGUCUCACCCAGUCACUGGUGUCCUAGAAGUCCAUGGGUACAGGCUUCGGGGCCAGUACUUGCCGCCCAAUUAUGAUCAGCUUCAGGAGGACUUGGACAGCAACCUUCGAAUCCAGCAGGCACUGACUAUACAACAGGCACUGCUGGAGGACGUGAUGCUGGAGGUACAGGAAUUCUGCAGCGAGCAUCGCUGGAUAACAGACAUUUAUGAGUUUCUGCAAGCCUGGGGGCCUCAGAGGCUGGAGGACAUGUGUGGGUGUCCUGUAACGGACUACAUCAAGGUGGUGGAACAGCUGAGCGCUUGGCGGACCCACAUCUCCAGUAUGCCCGUGGAGGUGCUCACCAAAGGCAAGCUGCUGCUGCUGAGCUGCCAUGAGAUGCAGGCAGAGCUGAAGUCCAAGCUGAACGGCAUGCGGAAGGAUAUUCUUACACAGGUGCAGAAUGAGUGCCGGAGCCGUAGUCAGCAAAUAGCAGCAGAGCUCACAGAGUUCACACAGGUCUUCCAAAUCAUCAGUACAGACAUUCAUUCCAUUGCACAGUGCUCCCAGAAGUUGAAUGAAGCCAACGAAGAGUACAUCGCGUUGGAGGAGCGAAUAGAAUACGUCCGGUCACUCCAUGAAUUCAUCCGCAACUACUUUAACCUCUUUAGUGCCGAGAAUGAGGCACUGGAGAACUCGGUGAGGGGGUCAUUUAGGGAGCCGCCACCUCCCGGUCCACUUCCUCUCCAACUACAUCUACUCCACUUCCCUCCGCUUGUCCCACAGCUUCUGGAUACAUGGGAGGCAUUUCAGUUUGAGAAAACCCAGGCCUCAGAGUUCCUGCUCAGCAAGCAGUAUGCCAUUGUGCCCAAGCUGCAGCAGCUGAUGACGUCAGCCUUGGCCGAGCUGGAAGGCCUGCUUACGAAGGCCCUGUCUGGUCCCUUCAUGGACCCCACACAAGAGCAGAGGAACACCGAGAGCAAACUCGUCUCCAUGGAGCACCAGUUCAAGAACACAGCCAGCCACCUCAGUGAACUGCAUCAUGCCUACGUCACCUUUACUGGCGAUGAGAGUCCUGUGCCCUUGCCCGCCUGCGGAACCCGUCCUAUCGUGAUGCAGCAAAACAUUUGGCACCUGUACCGAGUAGUCUCGGAAACUUUAAGUGAAUGGAAAUGCAUGGCGUUUGUCAAGUUCAGCCUGGCUGUGGCCCAGGAGAAGACGGAUGGCUGGCUGACAGAGGCGGCACGGCUGAGCACAGCUCUAGGGAUGCAGAGCCCAGUGGUGCAGCGCUGCAUGCAUGUGCUGGAGGAGUUCCGAGGCUACCUGCCUUUGCUCACCAAGCUGGGCAGCUUCCAGAGGCAGAACCUCAAUUAUCAAUCCCUCUUAAGAGCCUUAGGUCUAGGCAGUCUCCAAAGCGUGGAACUCCUGACACUGGGUCAACUGCUCGCUUGUCCAUUGCUGGAGUUUGCAGAUCGAAUCAAUCAGAUCUGGCAGUGUGACAAUGAGCGAAUCCGGGCCCAAGAGAGCCUCCAGCGGCUGCAGCAGGACUGGGAAGUGCGCCAGCUGCGCCUGCUCAAUUUCAUCCUACAUGUCCCUUACGAGUCCUCGGCUUCCAAGCACUCCAGAAAGCACACAGUCUCCAGCCCCCAGUGGAAGGCAGUGGGCAAGGAUAGUGGCACCUUCAUCCUCUCAGACUACAACAGCUUACAGAAUUCCAUCCAGAAAAGUCUUCAGGCAUUGUUCAAGGUCCUGGCCAUCCAAAAAUCAGGAGACUUACACAAAACAGCAUUGGAGUGGGUGGCCAUCAUGCAAAGCCUAGCACGCUCGUUUCAAGGCUUUGGAUGAUCAGUAUCGGAUGCUGAUGCGCAUCUCUGUGGCUGACCCUAUGGUUCUGUCACUUAUCAUGCCCAGUGCCAAGAGAAGCC